CACGGCUUGUCUUGACGAAACCCCCUCCCACCACCACCACGGACUUUCGGAACCGAAAAUCGUCGAUCUUAUUGAAUUGCUACCAACGGGAUUCAAAUCCUUUCCUUUCGGUGCAGCCUUAGCACCCUUAAUGUGGCUCCAAAGGGUUGGUGUUUGUUUGUACUGUUUGACAUCGUUAUCUGGCUCGCUAAUUACCUUCGGGAAUUAUUCAGUGGACAGAGACAUCGGGUCGGGGCUGUGUUAUGUUCUAACACCGCGGAUACCGGGCUGGUCUGAUAUGGGACGGAUGAAAUACCGUAUCGGAGAUAUUUCCGUACGAUGACACACGGCUUGUCCUUAACAUUUGCAAACAGUCUAAUACAGAUCGAUAGUUGCUUCGAGGAGACUUUGCUGCGCAGGGAUCUGGACGUUGCAGCUUCAGCGUAGAGCACAUUGCUAACUUUGUGCCAUACAUAGAAGACAUUCCGGUAAACACACAUCUGUCAACACACUCAAAGGAAUGCUGUGUUGAAAAAAAAAAAACACCUAUGCAGGUGGAUCCCUCACCAAUGAAUGUAGGGGAUGGAGGCACAGUGAACAAAGAGAGCAGUGCCCUUAAACAGCUGUCAGAGAGCAUGGUGGGGAAUCCUCAGCAGACACUGCCUCCUGAACUUAGAGGAGACGUGCCUCACGGACAGCAGAACAAGCUGAGGACAUCUACAGACUGCAAAAUGCCUAGCGUUUGCUCAGACAAGGCUAGCAAGACCAGCAAUUCAAACCAUUGCCCCGAAGUUCCCCCUUCCCAUCUUCGCAACAAUUCUGUAUUUAACACAGAUUCUUUUAGCACGCCAUUACCCGAUAGGACGGAAGUUCCAAAAGCCCAGCCUGAAGGAGCUGCUGCCUACCCAGCUCAGCACUGGCCUUGUGGUAAGAAGGUUGGCUCAGAGGACUUGAUGACUUUGGUUAACAAUAGUGCGACUCAAAAUAAGAAAGCUCCUCAUAACACGGGACCUACCCAACCUGUUAUCAGCCUUUCCCCAGGAUUUCAAUGUUCAACCCUCUUUAAACCAGGCCAACCUGUUGCUUUUCUUCCAUCUCCAAACUUUGCUUCUUCUCUUUGUAAGAUCACAUUGCCCCCAGGAUUGGGCCAGAUUGCUGCACUGAGAGAAGCCACGGCUAGUCAGUUUCAAAAGGACUGUCCAGUAUCUUGUCCUGGCUCAAGUGCGACUCCAAGGCUAAAAACAUAUCCGUUACAUUUUUCUAUGGGUCGAGGCAUUGCUGAGAAGAAACCACUGUCAUCUGCAUCGAAAGGCCGAUGUGAACAUGUUUCUAAUGCGAAGGGCUGUAAAGGUGUCGGAGAGCACAAAUCAACAAUUUCCUCCUCUGUUAGCCCAGCUAUUCCUCUCCCAGCACAACAGGCUACCCAAGCCUCAGCCCCACUGACUCAUUAUACUAUCUCUCCCACUGCUGCCAUCUGCUGUAGCUCAGCACUGGCCAACAUUACCACUCAGAACAGGCUUCUAAGCCUUGUAGAGAAAUGUCCCCCAUACAGAGGAAUCGAAAAGACUUCUGUGGCAUAUUUGAAACCGAAGACUGUAUCAUCUACUGAGGACCACAGUUCUCUGUGUCCAGAAGCUAGAGAUGUGCCUCUUGACUUAUCUUCAAAAUCCAAGCGCCAAAAAAGCAUUAAGGAUGCUCAAAGCAGUCCAACUACCACAACUGAGCAAUGCUUAUUUGAACCUCAUCAAAAGAAUUCCCAUGCCUCCAAAAGGCCUCAGACUUCCACUUAUGGUUCUGCUUCUACAUUUGCCAUUCUACCAGACACCCAAAGAAAUGGGUCAGCCCAGAGAUCCACCUCAAAACUCAGCAAUCACAAUUUGGAACCCAGUGCAUCAUGGGGCAAAGGCUCAUCUCAAGGUUCUUUAAACAACCUCCCAGGAACAUAUGUUGGUGUAGCAAGCCCUAUACUAGCCUCUACCCUGCGCAGCAAGGAUGGAAAAAGUGCUGCUUUUGUUGAAGAUGUUCAGAUAUUUGCUAAACAAGAAACAAUUUCGAUUAUUGAUCAAGGUGAACAAUUGGCCUCUAGAAGCAAGAAGACUCCUUCCUCAGUUAAAGGUGAAAGGCACAAUAAAGGUGAUAAGCAAUCUGGUAGUACAUCUGCCAGUACUACUGCCUCUGGAGUGCAAGAGCUUCCAUCCAAGCCCCUGUUUACUUCUACAAGCUUGCAAUCCCCAAGGACAUCAGGCGGAAAGGCAGGCGUUUCAUUUACACCACCAGGUAAACCACUGUGGCCCCAACCACUUUUUCAGGGGAUGUCUUUGCAGAAACGUCCAGCUCAAAGCCAAGCCCCAUCUAAGGUCAAAGGCAACCUGAGUUGUGAUGGCCCCUUGUUUCAUAAAUGUGAAUUAAGCCCUACUAAUGUAAAGGAUGAAAAAUGGGAGAAAACCCAUUCGCCCCUGUCCAACUUGGAGUCAAUAGUAAAGCAGAAAGCUCUUGAGACCACUGCACUGACUGGUGAAACCUACUGUAACCUGUCAACUGUGGGAUCCAGGAAGCCUGAUGUGGUGAACUUGCUCAGCAGAUCUCAGAACCCUCCAGUGCAACAAACUGUGGCAACUUGCUUUACACCUGGUGGAAUUUCAGAGCCACAGGACUCUAGGACAAUUAGCAAUACCCCGCUUACAGAUGCAUCAGUGGACAAUAGGCAGGAUGCCACAGCUGUUUUUUUGCCCAAAGAGAAAUGCCAUGACAAACAGGCAAAGCUUUUAGAAAACUUUACAGGCCAAAAGUCAGAGCUCAGCAGUCCUAAGAAAAGAUGUGCAUCUAGUAGUAAAGUUGGCAAGAAGGAAAGCAUGCUGGCUCCAGAUCCGGAGGAGAAAACAAGAGAAGACCCUGCAAUACAAAUGACUCCAAAUUCAAAGCUGGAGAGCAUAUCAAUUCCUCAGCCUCAAACAAAUACAGAGGCAGAGAAAAAAAUAAAUGGUGGUAAAAAAGAUAGGGUCUCCAAAGGAAAUGUACCCAUCACCAAACAGAAGAAACCAAGGAAGAAGGAGAAGACAUCUCCUGAAACACUAAAAAAGACUGCAACAUUAAAGAAGAAACCUCAGAUGAAGGAAAGUGCUACAGAUUUUCAAGCCCCUACCUCUAAAAAAAAAAAGGGUACCACCACAGAAAAGAGCCCACUGAAGGAGAGCCCACUAAAGCAGAGCACAUGUCCAAUCCCUGAAGAUGCAGCUAAGAUUCACAAAGGAAAGAGUCUUUCGGUUAAAACGGAGCAACCUCCCUGCAACAAAUCUGAUUUUGAAAAGAGCUCAGUGAGAAGUGUUCAGGUGGAACCUGCCCCCAUCACCAAAAAUGAUCAGCCCAGUAAGGAAACUAACUUACAGCAGGUGUCUUCCCCAAGGCCAAAGAGAGGUCGCCGACGCACUGACGAUGCCUUGCUGCGAGACUGGAGCUUUGCUUCUCCUCCUACUCCUCCUCCUCCUCUUCCUCCUCCUCCCCCUCCUCCUCCCCCAGAAUCAUUUUCUUCACCACUUUUGCCAAAUCCUGUUUUCCCACUCAGACGACCUCGGGGCAGACCUCGUCUUAAUCCUCUGCCUGAAAGCGGAGACACAGACAAUACAAGACCCGUGCAGGUCGCAAAGGGAGGAGACCUGGCCUCUGCAAAAAAGAGAAAGCGAUGCAGAAACCGCAAGUACCAGAAUGGGGAGUAUAUUACAGAUAAGGAAAAGGAAGCCAACAGGGAGAAUAAGGAGAAGUUUGAAAAUGGAGAGAAUGAAGAAGCAGAUAUGGACCCUCCUCUUAGUGGCACUUUGCCAUAUGAAGAUCCCAAUUCUGACCUCAGCCCCAAGAAGUCUCUAACUACCCGCUCAGGGACCAUGCGACAUCAAGAAAGUCCAUCCACACCGGAAUUUAACGACAAACCUCCAGGAAAACGAAAGUUCAAAAGCAAGCACUUGUGUGAUACAGAGGAACAGAAAAAGCUCAAGAUCAAACGGGGCCUUGCAGGGAAGCGCUCCUCAUCCCUCUCCACAGAUGAAGACAGCCCUAUGGCCAAAAAACCUUCCAAUCCUCUCUCUGCCCUAAAGGAAUCAUCAUCUCCUGUUCCUAAGAAGAAAGGGCCUGGAAAGGGGGGGGUCCUUGAACCUACACCAAGCCGUCCUGUACCCCCAGAGGUUCGCCGCUUGAUUGUGAACAAAAAUGCAGGGGAGACUUUGCUACAAAGAGCUGCUAGGCUGGGAUAUCAGGAAGUGGUGCUAUACUGCUUAGAGAAAGAUGUAAGAGAGGUGAACCGCCGGGACAAUGCUGGCUACACUGCACUGCAUGAGGCGUGUGCUCGUGGUUGGACACACAUUGUGCAGGUGCUGCUGAAGCACGGUGCUGAUGUCAAUUGUAGCGCACAAGAUGGAACACGCCCCAUUCAUGACGCAGUUGCUGCAGAUAGCCUGGCAGCAGUGUGGAUGCUGUUAAAUCAUGGUGCAGACCCAACGCUGGCCACCUACUCUGGCCAAACAGCUGUUAAAUUGGCCCAAAGUCCCAGCAUGAAGACCUUCCUCAAAGAAUACUUCACUGAUCUAGAAGGUCGCCCUGACCAGGAUCCAAGUCUGCAGUGGGAUUUUUACAGCAGCUCUGUAUUCGAGACAGAUCAGGAGGCCUGCUGGGACUUCCUACUGGCUCAACCUGAAGACGAAGACAAGGAAGAAUGGAGAGAGCAGGGAAAGGAAAAGGACACGGACUGCCUUUUGUUUGAGUUCUCUUCUGAACCUUUAUUACCUUGCUACCAUGUUCAAGUAUCAUUGACACAGGGCUUUUGCAACUGGUUUCUGCUGAUGGAUGUAUUGAAGCGCCUAAAGGUCUCAGCUCGCAUCUUCCAUGCAAGAUACCCUCAAUUUGAGGUGGUGUCUCUCACAAGGGCUGAGCUUUGGAGGCAGGUGAGCGUUAGCCAGACGUGCAUUGCCCCAGAUGAGUUGCGACCCGUCGAUGAGGAGGAGGAUGACGAAACCGUCGAGCUGGUGCGCUGUGUACCAGAGCUACAGGGACUUUUUGGCUCAUCCAUCCAGCUGCUACAAGAUGAUGACAACGAUGAUGAGAGGUCAGAGGUCAUAAGCCUCUGCAACCGGUAGCGAUGUCCUGGGAUGAGGGAGUAGCCAUCAACAGGCAUUUGCGCCUUCUUAUUUACUGGUAGAGAUGCACUGCUACGAAAACCAGCACUUUGUAUGUACACUAUCUGCCAAAAUGGCUCAUUAAAAACACAUAAAAUUCUCUUAGAACAAAUCUUCUCCCAGACUGCCUUCCCUUAAAGAAGACUUGUUAGAUUGACUUGCCUUGGAAUCACUUGCAGGAGAAGGGAGGACUCUAGCAAAGCAGACAAAGUAAAUUUCUGUUCCUAACCUGUAGGUAUUUUUCACUGUCCAGUAACUUCUCUCAAAUCUUUUUAUAUGUAUAAACCUAUAAGUAUAUGUAAAUAUAUAUGUAUAUAUUGACAUCAGGGUGAACCCAGUUUGGUUGUAAUUUAUCAUUGAUAUGUUUUAAUGUUUGUUUAUUCCUGAAGUUCUGUGAAUAGUUUUGAAAGGAUGCCCAAGGCAUUUUUCUUUUUGUUUUACCUUGGUGAACUCGAAGGUUUAUGGCCAGCUUAUUGUGGCAGGAAGGACUUUGGGACAGAUGGUUCCUCUGUAAACCUAUGAGAGUCUCUCUCUUGCUCUGUUUUGCGCACUCUCUCCCAGAGGACCCCUAACCCAGAGCAUAUGUCGAUCAGCCCUGCCUUCCUUUACCUCACUGUACUUCGGCUUACAUUGGCACCACAGCUCUGCUUACAACACCUCAACUAGCUGCGUUUAUUUUGUUUGGUUUCUUUGCAUUGUAGCAGGCAAAGGAUUGUUCUUUCAUAUUUAUAAAAAACAAUUUAUUCUGAUUUUUGAGACAAGGUAUAGACUUAUCCAUAAGUGAGAAGUUUCAUUUUAUGUUUACAAACCCUAAAGAGAUUGUUGGAUAUCAAGGUAUGAAGACCCUUGUGUAAACAAGAUGAAAAAGCAAACCUGUGGAAUAUUUUUCUGUUUGGAAGUUUUUUUUUUUGGAGAUUUUUCUAGGGACUUUGUUCUGGAUGUUGUCCAGCACCUUGCUCAGUUCAAGGUCAUGAGAGGAGACCUCUCUUACUUACGUUGUUUUCCCCUGUGUAUCUGGUUCCAGCGAGCAUUGUGGUGCAUGGUGUGUUUUAUUUACAUGGUUUGACUGUUUGUGUUUAAUUUAAUAGUCAUUAAUAUAUUUGACUUUUUGUGUAUCAGACAAAUGAUAUAUGAAAGUUGCUUUGUAUGGUUGGUGCUUUAUUUGAAAUGUAAAAUUAAUGAGCCCUUUACCCUAACGGAUGUUGUGUUCUCCUUCACUCCAAACAGUGUUUUAACAAGCAAAAGUACAGUUUUAUUGUACUGGUGCUAAAAUAGAUUUUGUGUUGACAAUCAUUGACCCUUUUUUUGAACUGAAACCAAUAAAUACUAUUUAACUGAUGAGUGAGAAAUUUAAAGAGAGAGUUUAGUUUCAUUAUCAAUAGAGGUCCAUCAAGCCAUCAAGAGUGCUUGGUUUUGAAGGUUUAUUGUCUGUGUGAUGCGCAAAGGGGAUAUGUUUAUCUCAUUCCUUUUUAAAUGAAUUUGAC